AGUCACUGUGAGGACAGACACGCCACAGAAAAUGAUCCCCAAGCUUCGGUUGAUGAGCGAGCUAUGGUAACAAAUUGCAGAGUGUUCUUGGGAAAUUACGUAAGCAAGAUGAAACGGCUGGAAACUGAGUCCAACAAGGAUAUCAGUGCAUGCCAGAUUACUGAACAAACAUUUUGAUGGUUGAUGAAGGGAAGAAAUCUUGCAGAGAGGGAAAAGAAUGAGACCAUUUCCCACAAUGGCUGCAACGGAAAUUAUAAGAUCAAUGACGAAACAAACAUAAUAAGACUUCGAUCACAUACGCCCGUGAAGCAACGAAAUUGAUAAAUUCUUGUUUGGUUUGUAUUUUCCGUCAGGUUCUCCAUGUUAUUUUAUAGCAGUUACCACUCUUUCACUACUAAAGGCGUUGAGAACUCUCCUCUUGAACACCACACUGAACAUCCAAAGAACGAAUCUAGUUUCCAAAAUUAGCAGGUGGUGAUAUUUAAGUCUCUCUAGCCAUGUAAGACUUUCAACUGCAGAAGGGGGGUUUUCUAUAUUCAAGAAAAACAAAGUUGAAGCGUUUUCGGUCAAUAUCAUUUUGUUUUCUUUUCCUAUGGUGAUUUUCCAAUAUUUCCUGUGGCUUAUUUUUUCAUUUUUACUUCAAAAGAAGCAUGGAGGUAAUUGUUUGUAUUCAGCUGGCUAUUUGCGGUGGUAACACAAAUUUCAUUAAUUUUAAAGUUGUGUAUUCUCUUCAGUUCCUAAUAGAAUUCAUUCAGAGGAAAAAGUGAUAUCGAGCUAAGAUUUUCACGAAUAUUUUUCAGCCUUGCGCUUAUGUUUUUCGCCAAGUUAAAGAGUACCUCUACUCACUAACAUAUUUUGACGUGCCGGCAAAUUGGCUCUCGCAAAUGAAUUCUGAAUUUAGGGAACACACUCGCGGCAAAGUAAUCAAUUUUUCUGCUAUGAAUAAACGGAAACUAGCAUACGGUAGCCAGUUUACGUUCUCAACUCAGUUGAUAACAUAAAAUUAAAUUUGAAUCUCUUUCUUUAGUGCUGGAAGUUCAGAGAAGUGAGAAUUGCAGUAAAGAAGACAAUCAGACCGUUUUGUUGUUGUUUGUAGCUCAAGAAUUCCUUUAUUUAUGAGAAUGGACCACGAUGUUCCUUAACAUUAGUAUAUUGUGCAUUUGCUUAUCAUAAAGGAACCACAGAUAUGUUACCUUAAAACAAAACAAGCAUGGCUAAGAAGGGCAAAGACACACAUGAGUCAGGAACUGAAAAGAAAAGCUGACUUGUUGAGGAAGCUCUACAAAGUAUCGGCGAAAAAUAAUUCACAGAUUCUACGUCAUUUAGUAUGUUAAAUAAAUGUGGCACCCGCUCACUAAACAUGAUUGAAAUUCAAGGAAUAUGAAUAAAACACGAAAGAGUUAAAAACAGGUCUAAUUAUAGCUGUGACAUUUGUCAUCGGAAAAUCAGACAACAGGAGGAAUUUUUUAUCCAAUAGAAACUGUUAAAAUUCUCAAAAAAACAAUAAUACUCUUAUAUCGAAUACGGAUCGCCCAAUAAAGGUUCAUUUGCUGCUAAAAGAGGGAAAGACAGAAUGUGAGCGCCAAUGGCGACCCUCACAAGCCAGUUAUCUUCACAAUUACCAAUUGGAGUAGUAGCAUUUCUCCUCGCUUUCAACAUUGUCCUCUCCUUCACUGCAUUUCUUGGUAAUGCUCUGCUUCUAUUAACAUUUUAUAAAGUGUCCUCUUUGCAUCCCGCUGCAAAGGUCUUGUUAGAAUGUCUAGCCGCUACCGAUCUUUGUGUGGGUCUUUUUUCACAACCUCUGUUCGUGACUGCUUUAUUUCUUUACAUUGAUCUUGGUAACACCGACAUAGAUAUUUUGUAUUACGUCGAAGAGGUUGUUUGUAUAUCCAACUAUGUUUUUUUUGGAGUGACUGUACUGAUAUCAACAGCCAUCAGUGUCGAAAGACUUCUUGUUCUGUUAUUGAGGCUGAGAUACAGACAAGUUGUGACACUAAAGCGAACUCAAGCUGUUAUACUUUUAUGCUCGAUAAUUGCUGUUUUAUGCGGAUUGGUUCGUGUCUGGAGUCAAACGGUUUUGGAGAUUGUUGCUUUUGUGGCCGUUGUGGUAUCUCUUGUUACUUCCGUGUUUUGCUACGUAAAGAUCCACCUGAGAUUACAGCGGUACCCAGCUGAAGUAGAAGACAACCCUGGCGAAGGACGGUCAAACGCAGGAGAAGAUAUAGGAGUAGGAAAAGAUGAAGCAGGCGCAAUAACGGGGACAAGAACAGCCACAGAAGAAGGAGCAGAAGUAAAAGGUACAGGAAGGGGAAGAGUACGUGCAUGGACACCAAAAGGUUCAUCAAAACAAAGAUUAAACGGGAGAGUUCAACUAAACAUCAAACAAUGUCAAAAAACAGUUUCCAGCAUAUUUUGGGUGCAGUUGGCUUUAGUGGCAUGCUACACCCCUUUUAUAAUUAUGUCGAUAUUGAGACAUACAGUACUUAGUGGAUCAGCAGUUCAUGCUCUGUGGCUCUUUACGAAAACUUUAGUUUAUCUGAACUCAUCUCUGAAUCCCUUUCUUUACUGUUGGAAAAUCACAGAAGUGAGAAAGGAAGUAAAGGACACAGCCAGGGCGUUU